CUCUGGCAGCCGCGUCCGGCCUCACUCCCGCAGUCUCCCGCCCCGCGCACGCGACCACACUCACGCUCCCUCCUCUCCUCUCUCCUCUCUCUCUCUCUCUCACUCUCUCACUCUCCCCGAGCCUCUCGCACCCCGCUCUACGGCUCACAAUAUUGUGUGUUAAUGUGCAAAGUGUGACCAGUCGUCCACCUCCCCCCGCCCCCCCCUCGAGACCCACAAUUGGGGAAAAAUGUCAGGAAAAGGUUUGGGCGCGGUGAGCGGCGGCGGCGACGACGGCGGGGUUGCCGACGCCGCCAGUGUCCUCACACAAAGAACACUACCCGACACUAGCGAGCAGAACUGCUCCGCCCUGCACAAUGGUGUUGUUAUGUCCGGGGAGCCGCACGAGCCAGGCAACAGCAGCAGCAGCAGCCAGUGUUCCUUACACGUGUGGUCUAAGAAAGCGCUCCUGAGCAGGAAGGAGAUCCCGAAGCAUCUUCAGUUCAACCCUUACAUCGAGACGGGCUACCGGCCGCUGCUCUCCGCCUGGGGCUGCCUCAUGAGUCUCUUCUACUUCCACAACGAGACCAUCAACAUCAUCACUCACGGUGUGCCCAUGAUGUAUAUCCUGGUGUGGUGGCGGUCGUUGCUGCCGUGGGCGGACAUCACGGUGCCGGUGCUGCCGUGGACGCACCUCGUCUCCACCGUCAGUCCCUGGGUCGGCUCCACCAUCUACCACCUCUUCAUGAACCACCGCGCCGGCGAGUCCUGCUACAAGUCCCUCCUCCACCUCGACAUGUUCGGCAUCUGGAUCACUCAAAGCUUCGGAGCGCUGACGACGGUGUACGCGUCCGUGUCGUGUCUCAGCUCCGCCUGGAUAUGGAGGGUCCUGGCCGUCUACUGCUUCGUCUCACUCUGGUGCCUCUAUAAGGAUUUGUUGGCGGUGCUUGGUGGAUUCGUUGGGGCUCUGCGUGUGCCGGAGAAGUGGGUUCCGGGACGCCUGGACUUGCUGGCCAACUCUCACCACAUCAUGCACGUAGUGGUGGUGUAUGCUGUCUACCACCUGCACCAAGGCGCUGUGCUCGACUUGGUCUGGUUGUCAGGGAACACAACCUGUCUACUUGCUGAUGCCCAAAGUAUUCUGUAGAGAUUGUAUGGUGUUUUAUCAAAGUAUCAACCUGCACUCAUCUGCCAUAACACCCUCAUGCCAACACUUUUCUUAAAUUUGUUACAAAUGGUUGUCAAUGACAGUAUACAGAGUUUUUUGAAAUUUUAGAUAUGUUGAUGUUCUUGACAAAACAGUGAUUAUCUGUAACAUCAAAUAUUAAUGUCUGUAGUACCCUGUUAAAGGUUGAUAUUGAGUAUUUGAAACAAACUAAUAAAAUUAAUUUUUAAAAUAGUAAAAAAUUGAAAAUAUACUGUAUUUACUGAGCUUUUAGGUAAUAAAGGCUAUGAUCUGUAACCAUUUGCUUAAUUGAUGCACACAUUUAUCAUUUUCAUUAGAAAAGCUGCCAUUAUUAAAAUAUCCACCAUUUUGUUUGUAGAAUACAAUAUUAGAAAACAUAGACCAUUAUUAUUUAUUUUAAUUAGACAUUCGUAAUGUUGGUGGUUUCAUAUUCUUGUCAACUAUGUUAGUCCAGGGUUGUUUAGUCUAAGAUUCCACAAACCCAUAGUCACUAGUCCUUAAUGAAUCAUUCCUUAGGUCAACAGAAAUGUACACUGCAGAGUAAUUUAUCCAGAUAGCUCAUAUCAGUAAUGUAUUCUAUUAAAGCCCUAUUUAAAGCAACUUCAUCUGUCCAUUUAAACUAUCAGCUUUCUGGAUCUAUUGAUGCUGCAUAAUUAUAGGUUCCUCACUAGAAUAACUAGAAAGUAUUAUUUGGUCUCUCAUGCUUUCAGCAAAGAUAUUAUGUAAGAAGAUGCAUCACUCAGCAUUUCAUGUACAUAAUUUAUAGUACGCCAUUGUGCCAUCUUGCAGCAACAUUUUAAAUAAUGGUGGUAAGGUUUUAUUCCCACCACAGCACUAGAAACAGCAGUGACUAACAGGUGUAUUGUGGUAACGUACAGGAAUGUGUUAUUUCAGUUGAGAUAUUAGCAAAAGUAGUGGUGUUGAACAUUUUUAAUAGGCAAGGGGAAACUUGUGAAUGCACGCUUUCUCGCUUCUCCGAAAGGAUUGCCACGCUAGGUUCGUUGACUGUUGUAUAUAAACAGUUAAGCCUGACUUUGAUUAACAAGAAAUAGUGUCAUUCUUGUGAUGGCUUAAGAAUACAAUACUGUAUUGUAAUUAUUUUUGGAAUAUGGUAAAAUAGAGAAUGCAAAAUUUCUGGAAGUCAUGUCCAUAUUUUAUGCUAAAGAAAGCGAGAACAGAAUUGUAUGAGUCCUCUUAAUAAUGCCUAGUAAUUUGUCUUUUAGGCAGACACGAAGCACAAAGUUGUUGCAUAAACAAGAUAACUUUCACUGUAUUUCUCCCCUGACUGUAUUUCUUUCCUUAAUUUUUUUUCAUUUGUCAAUCCAUAUAUUAAAAAUAAAUAGCACAACCAUUAAGGCAUAACUAUAGGAAAGCGUUAGUAAGUGUGCAAGAACAGGACAAGGCAUCUGAACACUUGCUGAGCUUCAGGCAACUUGUUGCUCUGGUGCACAGGUAUCUGCACUUGACAUGUGUACUUCCAUGUACAGUACACAAAAUAAAUUUUUUGUUCGCUCAUUUUUGUUUUGGAAUAUAAAUUGCGGGUAUGUAAUUUGCUGUAUGCUUAGCCCAUAUAUAAGUUUGUGAAGCACUCAUGAUCUAACUUCUAAACUGACUUGAGAGUUUUUGUAAAUGAGAACCGAGUAAUUUGUGGACAUCCAAGAGUUGUGAUGUCAACAUCGUUUGAGUCAGCAGGGUUCUGUACCACAUGCCCUCCAUUGUAACACAAAUAAUUAUAAUAUAGUACAGUAUACAUAUUGCCAAAAUUACCUUCAGAUUAAAAAGAUGUGUGUGUGUACUUUCAGGUGAAAAAUUUACAUUGGUACUGAUUGAGAAUGAACUGUCAUUCUGUGUUUUAAGCUUUGCAAGUUAUUUGAUUGUGCUGCUUUACUUUAAAAUUCUGAGAUUGUGAAUAUCGUAUGGCAUAACAGCAAAGUCAAAACUUAAGACAUUGGAGCUUGCUCUGUAAGAAUUAUAUGGGAUAUGGGUAUUUUAUAUGUUAUCAGUAAACUAUGUAUAUUCACAAAUUCAAUUGUAAGGAUGAAAGUGGAUAUUUCAAAUGAUAGCACUAGGUGUGAAUAGGAAAAAAAAAUCCAUAAAUUUAGCAAAAUGUUGUUCUAGUUUGUCUUUAGGCACUUACUUUCAAAAUUAGAAAACCUUUAUCGUUUCCUGGAUUCUUUAACAGUUAGAAAACUGCCAUAAAUUUGAGAAAAUUCAAAGAAAACUUGAGACAUUCCACUGUAGAUGCUUAGAACAGAUAGUAUUCAUCACGCAAACUUCUCAAUUUGGCCUCUCACAUUAUAGAGAAUGCUUGAACAAAUACAGGUUGUUAGGCAAUAAUUUAAGUAAAGUGGCCUAAUAAUAAUAUAAUAUUAGAUUUACAAAAAAAAAUCUUACUCAUGGUCUAAUUACAAUGUUUGCACAGUUGCUACAGUAUUUAGAUUUUUUAAGCCACUAAUUAUUCAGUGUUUGAGGCGAGGCCUCCCAUACGCUGCCACCAUUAAAUUCAAUCACCUACUGUAAAUAAAUCAUGCCCUGCCUCUAUGGCAACACCAAGAGCACAGUUACACAGGCACCAAUGGUUAUAUGCCGAGCGGUGCAUCUUGCAAUGUAUAAUUUUUUCACACAGUACUAAGAUUCACUGACAAUUCAUUUACAUUACCAGUGACUUUAUAUACUUUGUAAUUCAUGUUGUUUUAAAAUGAACAAAAUGCACUUAAAAUAUUUUGAAAGUUAGUCAAGGUUACAUAACUAAAUAUUACUAGUCAAACUGUGUAAAUCAGGCACAAAACUCCUAAUUUUGAAUUCACUGAUAAUUCAUUUACAUUACCAGUGACUUUAUAUACUUUGUGAUGCAUGUUGUUUUUAAAUGAACAAAAUGCACUUAAAAUAUCUUGAAAGUUAGUUAAGGGUACAUAACUAAAUAUUACUAGUCAAACUGUAUCAAUCAGGCACAAAACUACAAAUUUUCUUAAUUUUGAUUAUCUAGAUCUUGACCUUUUAUUUCAAACAGGUGUUAUUGUACUUGAAUAUUCUAUGCAUGCAAAUCUGUUAUCUUUUGAUUCUGAAGAUACAGUAGUCAGUAUUUCAUAAAUUAGUUAAUUGUAAAAAUAAUGUUCUGAAGUAUAAUGUUAAUCAUCAUUAUAAUACAACUUGUGUUUAAGAUCAGUUUGUCAUCAUGCAUGUAUAAGGAAAACAUUCCUAUUAUAAUGAAAGCAUUUAAUUUGUCAAUAUUUUACACAUAGGGCCUAAAAACACAGUAUUUAGUCAGAUUUUUUAGGCUUAUAUACUAUAUUUCUUGUUCUAAAAUUUGAUUGUGUAAAUUUUGAGAAGCAAAAUCUUUGCUUUAAUCUGAACCUUAAUGUAUUUUCUAUGUUUUUGCUGCUGACAAAAGUGUUUGAAAACUAUAUAUAAAGUACAAUGUACUUUAAAUGAUUUAUUUUACUCUAUAAUUCUUAGUAUAAUACUUAUGAUUGAGUAAAUUUUCAACAUAAGGCCACUUAGCUCAGAGCUAGUGAUAGUCAUAAUGACCUUCCUCAUCCUAAAAAGUAGUACUGUACCUUACAUUAUUUGUUCAACUUUAGAUCAAUUGCUCAUAAAAUAUGCCAGUGAAAGCUAUUUUCAAUGAGCACAAUAAUACAGUAUUAAAUUAUUUUUAGCAUAAUGUAGUUUCAGUAUUGGAGUCCUCUGUAGCAUUUUGUUAAGGUAUCUGAAGAUGUAAGAUUUUACCAUUGCAGUUACAACCUUAUAUUGCAACAAAUAUCAUGCUGAUACAUUUGUUAUUAAUUAGAAUACCAUAUACUGUACAGUAUAUCAGUUUUCCCUGUCAUAUUUAGAGCAUUUUAUGUAUAUUAUUAUAGUAUAUUUGUCUUGAUAAGGAUUUGGGGAGUUUCUGAACCAUCUUUUUUUUUUUUUUAGCUGAUAUGGUUUAGUUUUUGAACAUUUUAAAUUUUGACAUCAAUUUUUCUUUUGUAGCUUAAAAUUUUAAUAAGUUAUUUGUUAAUUGCUAAGAAAUAUUAUCAGAUUUCAAGUGAACUCAAUUAUGCAGAAUUGAUGAAGGUAUUUUGAUGAUAAAAAUGAUAUGGCUGUCCUGUACUGAAGAACGUUAUACAACUCAAGCCAUGUAUUUAAUAACGUAAGUUUGUUAUUUAUCCAACACUUGUAUAUUGUGAUGCAUUUAUUACACUAGCAUAUUUGUUAAUUGUG